AUGACGUGUCGGCAGACGGCAGUGCUGAUUUUCCUGACCGGGCCUCCAUGAUGGAGGUGCGUCUGCAGGCACAGGAGGAUGAGAUCACGCUGCUGAAAGCCUCCCUGGCUGCUGCCCUACGUAGGAUUCACAUCCAUGAUCAGCUCCUCCCGUUACUGAAGCAGCAGCUGAUAGCAGUGAACCCGAGUGCUGCACAUAUGCUGAACCAAGUGUGUUGCUCAGAUGGUUGCACCCAGAGCAAAAAGGUCCCAGCCAGUGAUGGGAUUCGCCACCCUGCACCCUCUACUAGCAAACGGGCAGACAACAUGGUGAACAAUACUAAUGGCCAUGUAGGAGGUCCAAUGUCCAUGGAGAUCCAAAACAAACCAACAGUGGACAUGUCCACUCAGACAGAGCCCACCGUGUUGUUGCAAGACGCCGAGCAGAACCGGGUCCCACUUGCAAGACAGGCCCAGAGUCUGCAGCUUGAGGACGCGCUCUGUCCAGGUGUUGAGGAGACCCGGGCCAAGCUCCAUCGUGUCCCUGGUAUAGAAGAAGAGGAACGGGAUCAGGAAGAAGGAGGAGGAGAUCAACAAACAGAAGGGACUUGGACCUCCUCAGUGGAGGAGCCUAUCGAGCCCUCCACCAUCAGAUGCCUUCAGAGGGAGGACUUUCAGGAUGGAGGCUCCUUUCUGGACAAUUCAGGCUCUGCCCCAGGCUCGCUUAGAGGAUCCGACCCAAGCCUGAACUCACGCUCCGGACCCCUGUCCCCCAUUCAGGAAGGACACAAGACGCUAGUUCGCAUAAACAGUGAGAAACUGACGGACCCAGAGAAGCAGAAGAAGCGUCUGUACAAAAAGGCAGCAUCUUCGACCAACCUGCUGAGCCGCUCCCCCAGCCUGGAGAAUCGGGCCAAGGAUCUGAUUGCAAGUGCAGGAUCCCCUGGUUCAAAAAGAGGAACCUACAGUCAAGGACAGUCGAUCAAAAUGUUCAUUAGGGGGCGACCCAUAACCAUGUAUAUCCCCUCCAACAUCCAGAACUACGAUGACCUGAAGAUGGAGGAGCCCUCAGAGAGACUGAAGCUGGACUGGGUCUACGGUUACCGGGGUCGGGACUGCCGAGCCAAUUUAUACUUCCUCCCAACAGGCGAGGCGGUGUAUUUCAUCGCCUGUGUCAUCGUGCUUUAUCACAUCAACAACCGCACACAGCGCCACUAUCGCAAACACACAGACUGCAUCCGCUGUCUAACCCUACAUCCUAACAAAGUGCGUGUGGCAUCUGGCCAGGCAGCCGGUGUGGAUAAAGAUGGGAAG